GGUUGGAGAAAGUAUCCGAGUCUAAACCAAGUCAAGUGUAAAUGAUAAGGCAUCAUUGCACACGUGCAGUGUUGCUGUAGAGGGGAGAGCAAACAAAGAAGAUGGACUGGAUGAAAUUGCGUUCCUAUUCCCGGAAGAGGCAGGCUCAAAGGAAUGUACAUUGCCCUUCUCCUCUGCCAAGUGUGGCAGCAUCUGCUGUUAUGGGCAGAAGGAAUGAAAAAGCCAAAGGACCUCAACAAUGCCAAAAACUGCUUUCCAAGCUGAGAUGGAAAUCUCGUGCCAGAAGGCAACAGGGAAAUGCCAUUCCAGCAGCAUUACCAAAAAUUCAAGAAACCUCUGAGGUGACGCAGAUGGACUGCCUUUCAGUUGAACAAAGUGUUGAAUUAAAUUAUAAUGAAAACAGAUGUGUGGAGGAGAAUAUAGAUAUCAACGAAACGGAUGCUACAGUGAAGGAUUCUUUGCAGCUGAACUCUGCAAGUAAAGAGAGUCCAGGAAAUAACGAAACUACUUCAGGAAUGACUUUGCCCACUGGUGUUUCAUACUUCCUGCUGGACUGUUUGGAUGUGGAUUCUACCAGGGACUCUGAUACAGAACCUAGUGAUUGUACAAGUAGUUAUUCAUCACCCGAAAUAUUCAGGGAUGAAAGAGAUUUAGAAGGAAACACUGCUAGUCCUGAAGGAGGAAGCCCUCUUAGAUGCAAAAAUUCAACCCUCUUAGAUACCAGCAAAGCCAUCAACAUAGACAGGAUGCUGCAUCUGCCAAAUCUUUCAAAGGUAUCGGGAGGGGAAGUGUGCAAAAUUUUGUUUGCGAAGGAAAAAACACCUGAGUCACAACCUUCUGGAGCCUUGUCACUGUCUCCAGCGCCGAAAAGACAGAUUGAUGAACAGCAGCCCAGGAAAAUGAAGGGCAGGAAAAAAGUAAAGUUCAAAAGCAUAUUAGAAAGUACAACUUCCUCAUCCUCUCAUGUUGUAUUGGGUUCAGCUGAAAGAAGCCAGCCAGCCAUAUCUCCUGAGAUCACAGAUGAAGCGUUUGUCUCCAAACUCCCAGGUGCUGGCAUGGAGAUCAGUUCCAGAGCAGUGAACAGAGGAAAAAAUAAAGUAUUGCUAACAAGUACAGCAUUUCUACAGCCAGAAGAUUUAGAGUGUUUGCGUAACCCACCAGAAAUCUGCUCUAUCAUUCAAGCUUCACCAGGAUUUAGGCCACUGAAAGUUAUCCAAGGUCCACGGAGUAGAAAAGCAUUGUUUUUCCCACCAGGAGCAACUGAAGAUAUUAUUACAACUUCAAAAAAUUGGGCCUACACUAAUGAUAGAUGAGCACUUCUACAGGUCUACAGGACAAGACAGAAAAGCCUAUGUAAAGGGUAGAGGAGAAAAAAGAGAAAGAAGCACCUUAUGGAACCCUGUACAGCUACAGUUGUAUGAACAGUAGGUGCAAUCAGG